AUGGCGCUUAUUCCAGAAGACUUCCUUCGGGGCGCAGCCCCCACCGCAACAGUCCGGCGCAUCGACUUCGCAACAACAACACCACCCAUCGCAGCCUUCAAAAACAAUUUUGCAGCCGUAAUUGACAACUUCAUGAGCGCAUCCGAAUGCACAGAACUCCUCCGCCUCGCCGAAGAAUCCACACCGGACUCUUCAAAAUGGGAGCGAGCCAUGAUCAACGCCGGCAACGGCAAACAAAUCAUGUCCGUGGAUACGCGCAAGAGCGGACGGAUCAUCUGGGACUCGUCCGAGAUCGCAGCACGACUCCUUGACCGACUACUACCGUACAUGCGAGAAUUCGACAUCGAGAAUGUCAAGAACCAGCCGAGGGUAACGGGACUGGGACCAGCACGACGCGGCGAGGUGAUGCAUUUAUCUCGUCUGAACGAGCGACUGCGCUUCCUUCGCUAUGACGGAGGAGAUUAUUUCAGACCUCAUUGGGAUGGAUGCUAUGUGACGCCUGACGGGAAGGAGAAGUCGUUGUUUACGAUUCAUCUUUAUCUGAAUGGGGAAGGGGAACAAGAUAUGAAUGAGUUAAUGUCUGAGAUUGAGCGUGCCGAGAAACGGAGACUUCUAUUCGUUCAAGAUGGAAAAAUGGAUUUGAUGGAUAUCCAGGAUGACGCCGAUAAGGAUGAAGAGGUGAAGUCGAGCGAGGGGCCCUUGUUGGGUGGUGCGACCUCAUUCAUGGAUAGCUACAAGACGAAGGAUGCCGUGCGGGUGUUUCCCAAGACCGGGUCGGUGCUGAUUUUCCAGCAGAGAGAUCUUCUUCAUGGCGGGGAUGAUGUUUUCCGAGGGGUGAAAUACACCGUGCGGACGGAUGUGAUGUAUACCACGCAGACUAAAUAG